CAGCCAUCUUGGCUCAUGAUCUUACUUUUGUUUACAAAAUGUCGGUCUCGGCAUUUUAAAGAAAGGACAAGUAAAUACGGCCACCGAAAACAAAGUGACCCUCUUACAGCCGAAAUCAAAAUGGUGAACGUCCCUAAGACGAGAAAAACCUUUUGUAAAGGUAAAAAAUGCAGAAAACAUACACUUCAUAAAGUAACACAAUACAAGGCUGGAAAAGCAUCUCUUUAUGCUCAAGGUAAAAGACGUUAUGAUCGCAAGCAGGCAGGAUAUGGUGGUCAAACCAAGCCUGUGUUUCACAAAAAGGCUAAAACAACAAAAAAGAUUGUGCUUCGUAUGGAGUGCACAGAAUGUAAAUAUAGAAAACAAGUUCCUUUAAAACGGUGUAAACAUUUUGAAUUGGGAGGAGAUAAGAAGAGAAAGGGACAAAUGAUCCAGUUUUAAAUGAGAAUAAUUUCGGCAUCACA